GACACAGAUGAGGAAAUGCCGGGCCGCAGUGACAAAUGGCUGAGAGACAUCAGCAAAAGGGCCAAGAACCAUUUCAAGAAGUUGCUGCAGCCACUGCAGACGCCCAUUGUGCAGGAGUACCAGGUCCUGAGCAUCCUCGAUGGAUAUGUCAACUACACGAUGCAGCUGGUUGCAAAUGCUACGGGCCACGAAGUCAUUUGGAACCGAACUGCGGGGCGCUUCCUGUCUGAGGAGCCACGUGAGCUGAAGCAGGAGCUGCCACCCCGGGCCCGCUACAUCAACAAGAUCCUGAUCUACAUGAACAAGGAGAUGGAUGUGGUCUGGAACUACAAGACCAUGGUCGACAGGAAGCGCUGGGGCAUUGGGAACGUCAUCACCUCCUCGCCCUACGGCCCACAUGGCGAGCAUCCCGAGCGCUGGCGAGCUAAUGGCUCCUGGCCGCUUCCCACAGCCCGGCCGAACCAGACCAUCCUGCUCCAG